AUGGCCAUCUUCGCACCCCUGGCCUCUGGCAUUCUGUUGUUGCUGUGCCUAAUUGCCCCCAGCAGAGCCUGCACAUGUGCUGUACCCCACCCGCAAAUGGCCUUCUGCAGUUCUGACAUAGUCAUCAGGGCCAAGUUCAUGGGGAACGCAGAAGUCAACCGGACAAACUUACACCAGCGUUAUGAGAUCAAGAUAACCAAGAUGUUCAAAGGGUUCAGUGCCUCAGGAGAUGUUCCUAACAUCCAGUUCGUCUAUACUCCUAUCAUGGAGAGCGUCUGUGGGUACUCCCACAAGUCCCAGAACCACAGUGAGGAGUUUCUCAUCGCUGGACAACUUCUGGAGGGGCACCUGCACAUCACCACCUGCAGCUUCAUAGCUCCUUGGAGCAGUCUGAGCUCUGGUCAGCGUCAAGGUUUCACCAAAGCCUAUGCUGCUGGCUGUGAGGAAUGCACAGUUUUCCCCUGUUCAUCCAUCCCCUGCAACCUGGAGAGUGACACUCAUUGCCUGUGGACAGACCAACUUCUCUCAGGCUCUGAGAAGGGCUUCCAGAGCCGCUACCUUGCCUGCCUGCCACGAGUGCCAGGGUUGUGCACCUGGCAGUCCCUGAGGCCCCGGAUAGUAUGA